GUAGUAGUGGUAGAUUUAUGCAGAUCCUGGACGCGUUGCCAGUAUCGUAACCGUGUCGUGAGUGGAUAUGCCGGGCCUUAGCGGCCUUGUCCUUGACGCGUUUCAGACCAGCCUCGAGUGAAACUCGUUCCCGCUCCAGGCAGCCGGAACGUGAUAGCUGAGGGCAGCGGCAAGAGACAACAUUAUUUUGCUCGUCUCUUCGCUCUGUCUGUUUGAAUUAUUCGUUUUUAGCACGGUACCGGUACCGGAUCGGGAGCGACAAGUACUGAAAGAUGAUGGACUCAACAAGGCAGCGCUCUGGGCGCAACCAGCCUCUCUCUGUUUCCAGCAUCGAAGUGGCUCAUCAGGCUAAGUCUCUUGCACCUGACGACAUCUACCUGAAGACUGGCCUGCUGUGCGCCAACAACAACAGCAGCGUAGGCAUGUCAGCAUGCUCAUUUGACGAGCACGAAUCAGAAUGCCAGCAUGUCGACGAGACGUGCGACCCAAGCGGCCUCGGUCACACCGACUCAUCAACUUCGCUCAGCAUCACAAGCUGUCCGUCGCUGGUGGAAAAUGCGCAUGUGCUCGCAAAGGUGCAGGAUUUCGAUACACUCCGAGCGAAGACCGUCAAUGCCCGGGAUGACAGCGACAGCAUGGAGCAGGCUUCAGCGUUCACAGGUGGCGGAUACCAAGCCGAGUUCGUGACCAGUAUGGAUCCGAAUCUGAAGUGCUCAAUUUGUUUGUUGGUGUUGCGUGACGCCAUGCAAACACCGUGCGGUCAUCGCUUCUGCAGGGACUGCAUAGCGCCUGUCCUCAAGGGGAAAAAGCCGCUGUGUCCCGUUGAUAGAAAACAGCUGCUGGCUGUGUUUCCUGACGCACUGUGUCAACGGGAAGUGUUUGAGCUACCCGUGCGAUGUGACAAUUACAAUCAGUGUGACUGGACCGGGGUUCUGCGGGAUCGCGAGCUGCACAUCGACGUCUGUCUGUACGAGGCGGUUUCGUGCAGCAACGAGGGCUGCGGCAAGCGGAUGGAGCGCCGCCGCCUGCAGCAGCACGUGGAGCAAGAGUGCUCGUUCCGACGGUCAGCAUGCCGGUAUUGUAAUGCGGCAAUGUCAGUCUCGGCUCUGGAGGGGCACAUGAAGCACUAUUGUCCUGACUACCUGGAGCAGUGUCCCAACUCCGGUUGCAGUGCCACGUUUAGAAGGGCCGCACGCGAGCAGCAUAUCCAGAAUGAGUGCACAGAACAGGAGAUACCGUGCCCGCUAGGCUGUGAUCAAAUGAUUCGCAAGUCUACAAUGGCCACUCACGUUACCAAUCCUCAGUAUGUUGGUUUCCACUCAACGGGAAUAAUGGACAAGGUGGUGCAGCUGGAGAAACAUCUAGUGGCCAAAGAUGCCGUGAUUGCCAAGCAGCAGGCAGACAUUGAAUUCUUGAAGGGAGGUCUUAGGGAGCUGCAACGUCGAGAAGACGAGAGGCGUCAGCACAGUGAUCACUCUGCGGCUGCUAGCAUUCAAACCCACCGAGACCAGGAGUCAAACACAGCCGUAACGACUGCAUCGCAACGUGAUGAAGUCUCUGAGUGUGCAUCUCUGGAGAGGCGAGUCACUGAUGUGGAAGCAUUGGUGCGCACGGCCAAGGCUGCACACGAGCAAAGUCCCGCUGCACGCGAUGCUCUGGUGAAGCAAGUCGAUGUCCACGAUCUACGACUACUCGAGCUUGAGAAGACAAGCUACAACGGGUCAUUGAUCUGGAAGGUAGAAGGCUUCGAGAAGCUUCUGCAGGACGCAAAGGCAGACAAGAAGCGUGCUCUCUAUUCCCCUCCGUUCUACACGGGUCGUCACGGAUACAAGCUGUGCAUUCGGCUCUACCCGAACGGCGACGGGCCUGGUCGCGGCAAGUUCCUGUCCCUGUUCUUCGUGGUGAUGGCUGGCGAAUUCGAUGCCCUCUGCCGUUGGCCGUUCAUCCGCCGCGUAACCAUGACGCUGCUCGACCAAUCGCCUUCGAAGCGACACAUCUCCGAGCAGUUCGACCCGGACCGGACUAGCUCCAGCUUUCAGAAGCCCCGCUCUGGGAUGAACGUUGCGUCCGGUUGUCCUUGUUUUGUCUCGCAUCAGUCGCUGAACUCAACGGACCGACAAUAUUUACAGAACGACACCUUGUUCCUGAGGAUAUCUGUUGACACGGCGGGUCUGAAUAUUCAUGGCCAGUAGUCUGGUCAGUGUGCGUGGAUCAUUGACUAGUUCAACAAUAAUAAUUAUGGUUAAAUUAUUUGCAUUAUUACGUUGCUUGAUUCGCAGCUGCAAUCGCGUGGCAUGCCGUCAUUGUAUCGUGUUAUGUUGUAACCAAUCUUGAACUUAUAUCCUAAUUAAUUGGUGCAACAAUAACUUCUAGAAUUAAAAUUAUUGCUAUUCAUGUAAUUUUCAUUUCUGUUUCAUAUGGCGCUCUAAGCUUUAGACCCUGAAGUUUAGUCUCCUGAUAUUUGACCACAUCAUGAAGUGCAUAAUCCUUGCUGUGGGGAGAGAGAGAGAGAGAGAGAGAGAGAGAGAGAGUGUGUGUGUGUGUGUGUGUGUGUGUGUGUGUGUGUGUGUGUGUGUGAGAGAGAGAGAGAGAGAGAGAGAGAGAGAGAGAGAGAGAGAGAGAGAGAGAGAGAGAGAGAGAGAGAAGGGGGGGGGGGGGAGUGAAUGAGACAGAGAGAGAAUUUUCGCCCGCUAUUACACUACACACUACGACUACGUAAGUGAAGAUGGAAGAUUUUUUAUAGAGAUUUAUCACAUUCUUUAGAUAUUCCAUCUGGUCUUUUUUUCCUUUCGUUUACUAAGAUAUACUCUUGUAUGCCAGCUUGAAUCUCCGUUAUGCAGUGUCCCAUUUCAGAUGCAAUGGCACAUUGUGCUGUUAAGUGGGCAUUGUAUGAGGAUUGGAGAGCGGAGAUAAAACAAUCCAAACAACCACACAGCUUAACUUUUUGCAAUUAGAUUGACAGUAUGGAGAAUGUUUUCUCUUCAGCCUCAAGACCAUGUGUACAGUCCAGCAUUUCUUUCUUCAAGCUGACUCGAUUGAUGUAUACAAUAAUCGGUACUUCGAAGUACCUUGUUCGGAUUUGUAUCACUAAUUCGUUUCACUAUUGCUGGCUACAUUGAAACUUCAAGUGGAAAGUCUUUAAUCAGA